AUUAUGUUUAAUAUAAAAUAAACCACGAUUAAGUUUGAUAUUAUAGACACAUUUACUUGAUAAAACAGGUUUGAUGACGGUGUAUUUGAGAACAUAAAUACAGUUUUAUGAAGAUGAUUAAAAGAGAAUAUGCUUGCAUCCAUGCAAAUUUCUUACAAUUACUGAGGACUGUGUUGGUUUUCACGUUGUGCGUUUUGAAACAUGUGGAUGGUUACAUCACAAGGCUUCCAUGCAAGUACCAUGGCAACUUCUCUGAUAUCCAAUAUAACAAGUACUCCCCAGGGAAUGCUAUUAAAUCGAUCCAAACAAUAAAUAGAGACAAGUGUAUGAUUGAAUGUGUGGGAGAAUCAUUGUGCAAAGCGUGUAAUUACCAUAGCACAACUCAACUAUGUGAUCUUCUAUCUUCUAAUGUUGCAGCAAUUUCAGCAAAGAGUGGAUCAAUUUAUAUGCGAACAGAUAAUACAAACAGAAAUAGAGGACCACUUUGUAAAAGUCUUAACCCAUGUGCUGAAUCACAAAUGUGUGAUGACGCUUGCAAUGAUGAUGGAUACACAUGUGUGACGUUGCAGAAUGUUGCUUCUCAAGGGAUAGUAUCCUUAUCUACAACUAGAUAUCCUGGCCGAUAUGCUAUAGAUGGAGACAUCAGCAACACUCACUUUGCAUCGACAGAACCCAGAAAGACAGGUUGGAUAAAACUUGAUCUGCAAAGUACAUACCACGUCUUAUAUGUUAGAGUUUGGCGACAAUACAUUUUUAAUAAUCUAAAACUAAGAGUUGGCAUGUCCGAAGGUGCUUCUAGUAACCCGAUAGUAGGCAAAGUAUUAGGAAGUGGAGGAAAUGGUUUAUCCUACUUUUGUACAAGUGGUAAAACGUUUCUCAAAGCAAGAUAUAUUGUACUUCGCAAGGAACACAUUGAACAACGAAAGAUUGCAAUUCGAGAAAUCAGAGUGUAUGGUUACAAAGCUUAAGAGAUUACUUUCCCCGCAUGUCGCUUUUGAUGUUUGUCCGUUUGACAAAAACUAAAAGGGUAAGAAGCCAACCUUGAAAGUUUUAAACCAGUGCCAUAAAGACGACUAUACAUAGAGCUUAUAAAUAAAAUUAAAUGUAUUUCCUGUCACAAUAAAGUAAAUUAAAUUAUCAGAAAUUAAUUAACCUGCAUUAAAUGAAAGAACUGAAAACAGCCGUGAAAGCUUUCCAACGCUUUGACAAUGAAAACAAAGCACAUAAUACCAAGAUUUAAUACAACAUCCGUCGUACAGAGAAAACUUUAAUCUUUGUUGAAAUAGUCACAGUCCACAAAGAGUUUAAACAUUCCGAAUACCACUGAUCACAAGAUAAAAUACGUACUAAUACAAUACGUACUGAAAGGUUGUCAUAUUUUCUGUCUCAUUCUUCAGUUCUAUCACUGCUUCGGGCAGUUAGUGAACUUAGUGAACCUCUCUGAGUAGUUUCUCUGCGCAUUAUGCAAAUUAUUUAAUGUUUUGAUUACCUAUCUACCGCACGAUACAAUUCUUUCUUUUUUUUUUGUUUUUAUUUGAUAGUUGUUAUUGUAAAGAAAUUUCUGAUUUAAAAAGUUGUAUUUUUUUUA